AUGACUCAAUGGGAAUUGGUAUUUGGCAUGUUGGCAGAAUGGCAACUGGAGAUCUUGGUUACCAUUACGGUGCUUAUUGCCGGCAGCCUCCUCUACCUAGAUCGCCCGGCUGUGUACCCAGGUAUUCCUCUGAUGGGAGCCGGGAAAGGGUGGUUUGGGUAUAGGCAGGCAGUUAAUAAAUAUCGCGUCAACGGACGGGAGAUGGUAAGGGAAUAUUCCAAGACCAACAAGCCAUUUCAGGUAAUCACGGAUACGACCACCAAGAUCUUCUUGCCAGCUGAAUAUACCGAGGAGGUCAAGGGAAUUAAAGAGCUGAGCUUUGGCAAGGGACUUUCUAUUGAAUUGUUUGGCGGAUAUCGUGGGUUUGAGGCCGUGGCCGCCCUAGGUGACGACGAGAGCAACAUCAUCCAGACAGUUUCUCGCUUGAAGAUAACAACGUCACUGAAAUAUCUGACCGACGAGAUAUCCGACGAGGCAUCCGCGGCGCUACAGGAACAGCUGGGAGACAACAUUCAAGAGUGGCAAGAGGCCAGCGUCAAACCUAUUGUCCGCAAUCUCAACGCCCGCCUCUCGGCCCGCGUCUUUGUGGGGCCCGAGCUCUGCCGAAACAAGGCCUGGCUGGACGUUUCCACCAGCUACGCGGCGCAAUGCGGAGUCGCCGCCUUUAAGUUGCAGGCGUGGCCUCGUGUGUUGCAGUGGCCUGUCAGCCUUUUCCUCCCCGAGUGCAGAGUCCUGCGGCGCAUGGCUGCCGAUGCGCGUCGUAUCUUGGCGCCCAUUGCUUCCAAUCGCAGUGACAAGCCAGUUGACCCCAAACACCGGGGAGGAGAUACUAUUUUGUGGAUACAAGAGGCCGUUUCCAAGGCCAAAAUGUCCCAUAAAUACUCUGUGGCAGACUUCCAGCUCGGCCUGAGCCUCGCCGCCAUCCACACCACAACUGAGCUGCUCACCAAUGCACUUUUCGAUAUCGUCACCACCGGACCAGAGCUCAUUGACGAACUGCGGAGAGAAAUUAUACAAGUGUUCAACGGGGAAGGUGGCAUCGCUUCAUAUAACGAGGAAGAGGUCUUUACAAAGGAGCGGCUGUACAAGUUGCGCUUGCUGGAUAGCACUUUGAAGGAGACGCAGCGCCUUCGCAUGUCAAGACUUGGCGGCAUGCCACGUGUAGCGACAGCCCCCAUCACCUUCAAGUCCGGACUGGCCAUCCCGGCGGGCGCCUUCACCCACGUGCUCUUGACGGCACACAUGGACCCGUCAAUAUACUGGUCUCCAGAGACGUACGACCCGCGCCGUUUUCUGAGGCUGCGCUCGCAGCCGGGCCAGGACAAGAACUGGCAGAUGGUGACGACGAGCCCGCACCACUUGGCGUUUGGGUACGGGGAGCAUGCGUGCCCCGGGCGGUUUCUGGCCGCGGCCCAGGUCAAGAUCGCCCUGGUGCGGCUGCUGAUGGAAUACGACUGGCGCUUCGAUGGGGGCAGGCCGGAGAGUUUGGAUGUGGGCGGCGGCAUGAAUUGGGCUAAUCCCAACGCCAAGGUCUCAUUCAGGAAGAGGAAGGCCGAGGUAGCGUUUUGAAUAUUGAGGCGGCGAAAAAAAAAAAAAAAGACCAGAGGCAGAAGCAAAGAAAUUGACAAACAAGGGGGGAAACAAUAGCGAAUACUUUUUACGACUCGUGUACCGCAAACUUGAUAUGGUUCUGGCGAACUUAUUUUGGCAAUUUGGUAUGGACCCUGACUCUCGGUCGACUAAUUGGAUCGCGCGGCAUCAGAAAGUAGUGCGCGGUUUUGAUGAGGGAUAAAACGGGGCCUUGUUUGUUAAUUAUUUUAACCCAAAAUUAUCAGUUGAAGUUUCUUUGCUCGGUCUGCAGAUGUGUCGUUGGAG